AUGACAUGGGAAGAAUACAGUUGCUAUGAGGAUGGUGAGAUUAACGACAUUGAUUCAAAAGGGCAAAAUGGAACAUUAAAUAUAAUUCAUCUGGGGGCGCGCGCGGCUAUCGAGAUCGUCACCUACUAUAUAAAGCCGCCCCACUUGCGCCCCUCAAAAAUAACUAUUGCCGGAGAUCUAUCAUCGACAAUAACAUAA